AUGGCCAGCUACGCGGGAAUACUGCUCCAGUCCUUCGACACCUUCUCGGCGUGGAAGGCCGGCUUCUUGGAGGCGUGUCCUUUUCGCGCGUACUACUCGCACUCCAACUUUGACGACGUGGACGCAGAGCUACGAGCUUUCGGCCACACUCUUGUCACCAACGGCGAAGACGAGCGCGUGCUCGCAGCUCUCGAGGCGUUUAUCACGCAAGGGCGGCCCCGACGCGCCAACGAAGCGCACGCGUACCUCGUCUCUGCGAUCCAUCCGCGUCUCCACAGCGUCGUCGCUGGCACGAGUGAUCCGCGCGAGCUCUGGUUGUCGCUGCUCACCAAGGAGCAGCCAAGCUUGCUUGGGUCUCUCGACAGCCUCCUGCAUCCACCGCGGGUGGCCGAUGGUGUCGAUGUGUUUCUUCGGGGUGUCUCCAACGCGGCGGACGCCUUCCUCUCGCCCCUUCUGCACUUCAAGCCACCGUGCGUUAUGCUCUUGAGUACCGUCGAGAUGGACCGCUUUGAGGCGUACAAGGCACUGGUCGCCACGCGCUUGGAAACGGCGUUCCUCGCGCACCACUGGCGCACUCAAGUGCUGAGCGACGUGUCGUCCAUCGAACGCAUGGAUAAGGCUGCGCUGACACAGCACAUCAAGUCGGCGCGUCCCGUGCUCCAAGAAGCAAAAGACGAACCUGCCACCGCCGCGCGCUGGGUUGGAGGUGCCAACGAGACGUGUGACUAUUGCGUCAAGCUCCACUCGACCAAGACGUGCACCAAUUUGCACCGCGCAAUCUUGAGUGGCAAGGUCACGACGGGCAAGGCGCCGCCACGGCGCAAGCAGUACUUCAAGCUUCCACCUGACUACUGCUGCCGCUACUGUCUUCUUUCCAUGCGCGUCGUCGUCGACCACUGCACGGCCGGCUGCGACCGCUUGCGCACCGACAUGAUGAGCGACCACGUCGAUCGACACUUCAAGCCCGUCGGCGACCAUGACUGGCCCAAACUGCGGCCCAGCGAUUGGGACUCGUACCUAGUCAAGACCGAGAACGAGUACAAGCAAGCGCGCCAGUUGUACUCGACGCUCGAGUUGGAGCCAGGAAGUAUGCGGCUCGAAGCAAAACCAGCUGCCCCGACGCAUCACGAAACGCCGACGCCAGCCCCCGCUCCGAUCGCCGUACCGACGCCAGCUCGCGCUCCGAUCCAAGUGCCACGGCAAGCUCACGUGCCGAACGAUGUGUUAGCCCACACACCGAUCGAGGAGGCACCGGGGAGCAGCAGUAAGCGCCGUCGAUUGAGCUUCAGCUCGGACGAUGAAGACCAUUUUCAAGGGUGUGUCGUGCAAUAG